AUGUCCUACGACACAGAGAGCCGCCUGCACAACGAUGUAACCAUCGAGGCAGACUCCAGCGACAGUGAGGCAGAUGAGCGCGAUCUCCUCAACCGGCUAGAUCCACUCACAACCAAUACAUCCUCCCAAGCAGCCGGCAAGGCGUCUGUAUCAGGCUAUGCAGCAGGCUCACAUCAAGAGCCAGUAACUUCUAUCUCAUCAGAGAACUUUAGCGAUCGUCGGUACACGGGCAGCAAUACACUCGAUGAGCCAGUCUCUACAACACUCCUCAACGAUAUCAAGGCUAUAGGAACGAAGCUCAAAUUUGUCCUGUAUCCAGCUGGCGACGCAGAUAAUCGGACAUGGGACCUAUGGGGGCCCCUCAUCUUCUGCUUGCUGCUCUCUCUCUUCUUGUCCUUUGCAGCGAGGAAUAACCAAAGUACCUUGGUCUUUACAGGCAUCUUCUCUCUAGUGUGGUUUGGCAUGGCAGUUGUGACAUUCAACAUGAAGCUGCUAGGAUCGAAGCUAUCCUUCUUUCAGUCCAUCUGCGUAUUGGGCUACUCCCUCUUUCCGCUCGUCAUCGCAGCGUUGGUCGCUGCAUUCGUUCAUACUGCAUGGGCACGCGUUCCCGUGACGACGUGCAUGUACGCAUGGAGCACGUUUGCGAGUCUUGGUGUGCUACAAGGUGCUGAGCUUGGUAGCAAGAAGCUGCUGGCCGUUUACCCGCUAGGCCUCUUCUACUUUGUCCUUGCCUGGACGGUAUUUAUCAGCGGUACCUCGAUCAAUUCAACGCAGCGUGCCAUGUCUACCAACAAGCUGAUGGACUACCCGACCCCGCGACGCAGUGACGUGUCAGAUAUCUAUCCAGGCAACACGAAAAUCAACGACCCAUAUCGCUACCUAGAAGACCCAGAUGCACAAGAGACCAGAGACUUUGUCGACGCGCAGAAUGUCAGCAGCAAGCGAUACUUUGGCGAGUUUCAACACGGCGAUGCACUGAGAGAGGCGGUAUCAAGCGUUUAUGCUUAUGAGAAGUUCACAGUCCCAAGGCGCAGGGGCGAUAGCUACUUCUACUGGAGCGAGAAUCCCGGACUCCUCAAUCAGUCGCAGAUUUGGCGUUCAAAGUCGCUUGAUAGACAUGCCAAGGAGUUGUUCUUUGAUCCUAAUGUGCUGAGUACAGAUGGAACGGUCGCUCUUGGCAGUACGUCCUUCUCUGAGGAUGGGCAGAUGCUGGCGUACAGCAUCUCAAAAGCAGGUAGUGACAACCAGACCAUCUGGGUCAAGAAGACGACUAGUACCGAUACCCUUGAACGCUUGGAGGAUGAGAUUAUUUUUGUCAAGUUUUCUGGCAUCUCAUGGACUAAAGACAACAAGGGCUUCGUCUAUCAUCGUUACCCGGAAAAGGAUAACAGUGGUACGGGUACUGCAGCAGAUGUGGACGCUAUGCUAUACUAUCAUGCAAUUGGUACGCCACAAAGCGAAGAUAUCCUCCUUCAUAGGGAUUCUGCAAACCCCACACACAUGUUCAGUGGCGAUAUCUCAGAUGAUGGCAAGUAUCUGCUUGUCACAACGUCAGAGGGCACUGCCCGACAAAAUAAGCUCACGAUUGUCGAGCUUGAUGGGAAAUCGAUGACUCCGGAGAAGCUCGUGAAGCAUGUCAUUGUCGACUCCUUCAAAGCAGCGUAUGAGUACAUUACAAACUACGACUCGGUCUUUGUCUUUCGAACAAACGAGAAUGCGGAGACGUAUAAGCUUGUGACGCUUGAUCUUGUCAAUCAAGCAGCUGGCUUUGUUGACUUGGUUCCAAAGACUUCGGAUGUGCUCAAUGACGUGACUGCCUACAAAAACGGCAAGCUCAUCUUGACUUAUACGCAUGAUGUCAAGGAUGAAGUGAGCAUCUAUGACCGCUUUGGCAAAUUCGAACAAAAGUUGGACUUGCCACUUGGUCUCGCUGUGUAUGGCUGUGUCGCUGAGCAUGAUCAGCAAGACUUCUUUGUCGCUGUUGGCGGUUUCACCACACCCAUGAGUAUCUACCACCACACAGACAAAGGACUUGCAUUAUAUCGCCAAACUGACGUCGCAGACAUAGACCCGGCUGCCUUUGAAACAGAACAAGUCUUCUACAACAGCAAAGAUGGCACACGUGUCCCGAUGUUCAUCACAGGUCUCAAGGGCGCUGUACGAGAUGGCUCAACGCCUUGUCUUCUAUACGGCUAUGGCGGUUUCGAAAUAUCCCUGUCGCCAGCGUACUCGCCACUGUGGAUUACUCUCAUGAAGCACUUUGGUGCACGUGUUGCUAUUGCUAACAUCCGUGGUGGUGGUGAGUAUGGCGCCGCAUGGUGGAAGGCUGCCAUCAAGGAACGUCGUCAUAAAGCAUUUGAGGAUUUCCAAUGGGCUGCGAAGCAUCUAGCGCAGGAGAAGUAUACGUCGCCUGAGAAGCUCGCAAUCUAUGGAGGGUCGAAUGGUGGGUUGCUGGUGGCUGCUUGUAUGUUGCAACAGCCGGCGUUAUAUGGUGCCGUCAUGGCUGCGGUAGGUGUGCUGGACAUGCUUCGAUUCCACAAAUUUACUAUUGGUGCUGCCUGGCGAUCUGAUUAUGGUGACCCAGAAGACGAAAAGAUGUUUCCCAUCUUGCGAGGGUACUCGCCACUUCACAACAUCAGUGCAACCACCGAGUAUCCGAGUCUACUCCUCGUCACAGCUGACCACGAUGAUCGUGUCGUUCCCGCUCAUACACUCAAAUUUUGCGCUGAAAUCCAGCAUCAGCGACGAGACAACAAGAGACCGCUGAUUGCAAGGAUUGAGAAGGAUGCUGGGCAUGGUGCAGGCAAGCCAACCUCGAAGAAGGUGGAUGAGACGUGUGAUCAGCUCAAGUUUUUGGCACUUGAGCUUGGCUUGACCUUUAAGUGA